AUGGACGACAACGACCCUAUCACCCAGUUCUUCCCAGACGACCCGGAUGUCGACCUCUACUCAGUUUUUGGCGUCGAAUCAUCUGCAAGCACCGAUGAAAUCAAGAAAGCCUACCGCAAACUUGCGUUGAUCCACCAUCCGGACAAACACGCGACCUCGGGGGAGGAGGCGAAGGCCGCCGCCCAGCUAAAGUUCCAGCAGAUUGGCUUCGCGUACACUGUGCUUGGUGAUGAGAAGAGGCGGAAGCGGUAUGACGCGACUGGGCGCACAGACGAGGGAUUAGAUUUCGACAAGGAUGAGGCCGGGUGGGAGGCGUACUUCGAGGAACUGUUUGACAAGGUGACGCGAGGGAAGUUGGAUGAGAUGAAAAAAGAGUACCAAGGCUCAGACGAAGAGAUACAGGACUUGAAGGAGGCAUACGAGCUGACGAAGGGUGACAUCGGGGAGAUCAUGAACCACAUUCCUCAUUCUACGCACGAAGACGAAUCCCGUUUCAUCGUCAUCAUAGCUGAUCUCAUACGGAAGGGCGUACUGAAGUCGUCGCGCCUGUGGGAGAAGAGCAGUAAAGACGAGAAAGCGCGACUCAUCCGCAAGAAGCAGGCGGACAAGGAGGCUGCGGAAGCUGAAACGCUGGCCAAGGAACUCGGUGUCUGGGACGAAUUCUACGGCUCAGGCAAGGCUGGUGCGCGUAACAAGGACAAGAAGAAGGGCAAGGCAGCCCCGAAGGGUGAAGCGGACGACGAGGAUGGGGACACAGCAGCCUUGCAGGCCUUGAUCUUGGCGAAGAAGAAGAAGAUGGACAGUUUUCUGGAUAAUCUGGCGGAGAAGUAUGCGGAACCCGAGAAGAAGAAGGGUAAGGGUAGGAAAGGGAAGCGGCCUGUGGAGGAGGACAUUGAGGAGGAGACGGACGUGUCCCCGAAGAAGAAAAGGCGGGCCGCUGAGCCUGACAUCAACGACGACGAGUUUGCGAAGUUGCAGGAGAAGCUCUUCGGCGACAAGGCGAAAUCAGCAGGUACCGAAAAGAAAUCGGGAAAGACAAGACGAGGGAGGGCAUGA